AUGCGGCCCGCGGCCGUCGGUGAGAUUCUCAUUCAGAAGGCGAAUUGCCCGCUGUCGGACGAGGCGGAGCUCCACGCCGUACUCACAGACGCCAGGGCGGCCGCGGCGGCGAGGAAUGUAUUAUUAUUUGGGGAUGCGUGGCGCACUGUGCGUCUGCUUGCCUCCGCCGCUCGCUGCACACUGCAAGCGGGGCGCGGGGACUUUGCGCUACCACUCAUCACGACCGCUUUUGAUCUCUGCCCUGAGCCGUUUCGGCGGUUGGCGUCAUUGCAGAAUGAGAAGGAGGCGGUGGAAGGAUGUGCUCUGGUGCGUUCCAUGCUCACCGCGGCUAAAUCGGAAGGUGUUGGACAGGACGUGCCAGCUGUUGUUUGCACCGCGUUGAUGGUGUGGCACGGCGCCCUCGCGUCUACGGCAUCGACAAGUAGUUGCCCGCGUGGUUUUUUCCGAUUUUCCCACGUUGCUGGCGAAAUCCUUACAGAGCUUGCAAUGGACGCAUCAACCC